AUGUUCUUGUUCAAUGCCAAGACUCCUUCGGCAAGGCUGAGGCCGAAUCUGGUUGGGAGCACCUCCAUCAAACCCAAUGCACAUCUUCCAUCGUCACCGGACAUCCUAGGCAGUCUUAGAGCACCAGAGUAUGGCAGGACCUUACACCAAACAGCUAGAUGCAGAACACCAGCCCGAGAGGGACUGAACCGACUGUGGACCCAAAUCCCACAGCACAACGUGAGCCACGGAACCGGGAAGGCACGGAGCUGGCCAGGCCCCACCGUGUUCAACUUUUCUCGUCCCUCCCUCAUUCGUCUAGCGGCGAACAUGGCCUAA